AUGAGUGACAUUGAGAAAACACCAGAAACACAUGAGAACCAAACAAUAAGAAUCUCAACCCCACCAUUGGAAAAUGAAGAAAAGAGAACGGAUGAAGUUGUGAAAAAACUUUGUUCAAAAGAAAUGAGUUCAGAUAAGAAGAGAACAAGAAGUUCCAGUAACAACGAAGUAGAAGAGAAUGGCGAAAAAGAAGAAACAGACCAGGAAGGAAAAGACAAAGAAAAGAAGGUCAGUAGGGAGAGAUUACUUUCGUUCAUGUUCAAACGAAAAACAAACGAAAAAACAACUAUAUCUGAAUCACCAAAAAAAAGUCAUAAAGAAAAGAAAAAAGAAGGAGAAGAGGAAGAAGGAAAGCUAAAAAGAAAAGAGUUAAAGAAAAGUAAGAAACAACAACUGUUGAAACAAAGUAAAUCUGAGAUUAUAACAAAGAAAAGUGAAGAAAUAUAUUCACAAGAAUUAAUUAUUGAGCAUCAAGGAGAUGCUAUUAUUGACAAUAAUACCAGUCAAAAAGAAAAUGAAGAAAAAAGUAAAAGAAAAGAAGGGAUUAAAGAAAGACCGAAAUCAUUGAAAGAAAAGUUAUCACCAAGAAAAGAAAAUAAAGAAGAAAAGAAAGAAUUAAAAAUUGAAAAAGAAAAGAAAGUAAAAGACAUUAAAAAUAAGAAGGAAGUAAUUGAUAAAGGAAUAUAUAAAGAAGAAGGAUAUAAAAAUGAUAUUUGGAAAAGAAAAACUAUUUGUACGAUGGAAAGAAGAGAAAAAGAAAAAAGAAGAAGUAGUGAAAUAAGUAUUAAAAAGGAAAAGAAGAAUAUUGAGGUUACUGUUGAAAUUGGAUUUUUAUUACAAACAUAUAAUAAAACACUUAAAGUACCAUCUCAAAUGAAGGUUAGAGAAGUUAUUGAAAAAACUAUGAUAAGUAUUAAAGAAGGAUUACAUGAUGAUGUUAUUGUAUAUCAAAGUAAUGGAGAGGUUGUAAAUCAAGAAGAGAAUAUUGGGACAGUAGCAAUAAAUAAUAAAGCAUACAUAUAUGUAUCAAAAAGAGGAAGAAAAUGUGCAAAAAAAAUUAUAUUUAAAUUUGAAACAGAAAAGAAAAAAGAAGAAAAAAAAGGAAAAGAACAAGCUGAUCCACAAGUAGUUUAUGAUCUUUGUAGAUGGAUUUAUAUGCAUGGAAUAGAAGUAGAAGGGAUUUUUAGAAUAUCAGGAAAUAAUGAAUAUAUUAAAAAAUUAAUAGAAAAAGUUACUAAACAUUCAACUGGAUUUCUUGAUGAAGUGAAUCAUGGAGUAAAUGAUGUUCAUAAUGUAGUUGGAAUAUUAAAAAAUUAUUUAAGAGAAGCAACAGUUGGAUUAUUUGAUUUACAAAUAGCAGAAGAAAUACUCAAAAAUGAAGAAAAUAAACGAGAAGAAUUGUUAAUGGAAACAAUUGAUAAAUUAAAUAAGAAAGAUCAAUAUACAUUAUGUAUCAUAUUAAAUCUUGCUGAAGCUAUUAUUCAAUACAAAGAUAUUAAUCAAAUGGGAAUAGGAAAUAUUGCUAUUGUUCUUGGACCAAUGUUAGUUCAUUCAAAUGGAGCUGUUAGUUUAAUUGGAACAAAAACUCAAUUGGAAUUUGCUAUAUUAUUAAUUAAUUUAGCACAAAGUAUACGAAAAAGAUUAAAUAUUGAUACAUUCUUUUCUAUAGAUGAAGUUGUUUCUAAAUUUGAAACACCAACUGAAUUUAUUCAUAGUAAUGAAGAGAUUGAUAGAUUUGUUUAUGAUAUUUCAUGUCUUGACGAAGAAACACAAAAAUUAGCACAAGAUAUUUGUGGAUGGAUGGAAAUAACUUUAGAUUCAAAUAAUAAUAAUGUUGAAGAAGCAAUUCAUUGGGUUCAAGUAUAUUAUGAAGAAAAUGAAGAACAUUUUAUGUAUAUUGUAAACAUGUUAACUCCAGAUUUUGUUAUUUCUGUAAUGGAAAAGAUAUUAGAAAAUAUGUUUAAUGAAACAAAAAAAUUUAACUAA